GUCUGCCAACACCCACGCUCGUUCUUCACACCCAGAGGCCUCGCCAUUUUUCUUAUUCCUCGAGCGCGAACCCUCACCCCUUCGACAAAAUGCGCUUUUCAACCUCUGCCGUCCUAGUCUCCAUGCUAGGCUGGAUAGGGGCUGCAACCGCCCACAACAUCCAGCUGAAAGCCCAUUCCCGCGAAUGCUUCUACGAGUCCCUCCACAAGGACGACAAAAUGACUGUCACAUUUCAGGUCGGUGACCGUGAGUUUGGAGGUAGCGGGAACCUCGAGAUUGAUUUCUGGGUCGAAGAUCCCAACAACAAUCGCCAAUAUUUCCGCAACUCGGUCUCAUCCGAGGAUUACUCGUUUACUGCCCAUCGUGAUGGCAAGUACUCUUACUGCUUCAGCAAUGCGGCGUGGGCGUCGAAUUCGAAGGAGGUCUCUUUCAACGUACACGGAAUUGUCUAUGUGCCGGAGUCGGAAAUGAAGCAGGAUCCCCUGGAUUAUGAGGUCCGCCGUCUUUCCGAGUCCCUUGCCCAAGUGGCCGACGAGCAGUCCUACAUUGUGGUCCGAGAACGAAUGCAUCGCAAUACAGCCGAGAGUACCAACGGUCGUGUCAAGUGGUGGAGUCUUUUCCAGCUGACGUUUCUCAUCGGCGAGGGUCUAUUCCAGGUUUGGUGGCUUAAGCGAUUUUUCGAGGUCAAGCGUGUUGUCUAAAAUGUGUUGACGGCGACAACCUGUUUCACCUUUUGUAUCCCGUUUUUUCUAUGAAGCCGGCGUUCAAGUAUUGUGGACGGUGGUGGGUUCUUCACUCGGAAGCAUUCAUGGUCUGUUUUGGUGUUAGGACUGUUAGAUUAUGGAGGAAUGAACAAUGCAUAUCUAAUUCUAUACCGGAUGGAUUAUAAUAAAUACAUAUGUAUGAGUGUAGGCGCGGAUUGCGAACGACACGACUUCAAUUACAUAUUCGGCCACACUAGAGGUGUCAGCCGAGGACCACAAGACCACCCGGCAUAUCCAAGUGAGUCUUUCAGAUGAAACUUCAACAGCUACAAGCCAUAUUGCAUGCAUAUACGUAAAUACUAAUUAGGCCAUAAACAUUGCAGUCAUAAUGGGUCUUACCCCACAGUCCGAAGCCUCACUCUGU